UUGUGCCGACGUUUGAUGACAUGACACGUGUGUCGCUCGUCUACGUCUCUCUCUACUUUUGUUGUCUCACUCUCUCUCUCUCUCUCUCCAACCUUCCUUCCUCACAAAUUGUCCCUACUUCCUUCACCACUUACACCAUCACUGUUUCCUUUGAUAACCAUUUCCUCUCUAUCAUUCACAUUGUUCUCUGUUUUUAGAUAUGAACUAGGGUUUUAGCUCUUCUCGUCUCUCCCGAAACUAAAAGUAAUGAAAAGGGACUACUUUCUGUUUCUGGGUAUCAUCAUCAUCAUCAUCAUUCUCCUCUUCUCUGGGCUUGUAGCUUCAGCUCCUUCAUCAACUUCACCCGCGAAGAUUGUUAGUGGGUUCAUCUCAAAUCACGGAACUUCCCUCAUGAAAUGGCUAUGGUCUCUCAAAACCACCUCCAAAAAAACAGCGGUUUCCACGAAGUCGAUGGUGAAAUUCGAAAAUGGGUAUUCAGUGGAAACAGUAUUAGACGGAAGCAAACUCGGUAUCGAACCUUAUUCUCUCCAGGUCUUACCCAACGGCGAGCUUCUUAUUCUAGACUCCGAGAAUAGCAACGUUUACAAGAUCUCAUCUUCUCUUUCCUUAUCCGACGUGGGUUUUCAAUAUUUGAUGAUCGUGUGGAAGGAUUGUGUAUACGGAUGGAAUCAACAUAGUAGACCAAGGCUUGUUACUGGCUCACCUGAAGGGUAUCCAGGUCAUGUGGACGGUAGAUUGCGAGACGCGAGGUUGAACAAUCCAAAGGGGCUUACUGUGGAUGAUAGAGGGAAUAUCUAUGUUGCAGAUACUGUCAACAAUGCUAUCAGGAAGAUCAGUGAAGGAGGAGUCACAACCAUUGCUGGGGGGAAAAUAGUUCGUGGGGGAGGAGGUCAUGUGGAUGGUCCGAGCGAAGAUGCAAAGUUCUCAAAUGAUUUCGAUGUUGUGUAUGUUGGAAGCAGCUGUUCCUUGCUGGUUGUUGACCGUGGAAACCGAGCUAUCAGAGAGAUCCAACUCCAUUUCGAUGACUGUGCUUAUGAAUAUGGAAGUGGCUUUCCUCUUGGGAUUGCUGUUCUUAUAGCAGCAGGCUUCUUUGGUUACAUGCUGGCUCUGUUGCAACGUAGGCUCGGUUCUAUCCUUUCGUAUCAUACUGAUCAAGAAAUAUACAAAGCCGUUCCUGAUCAAAAGCCUUUGAAACCAGUCAGACCAUCUCUGAUUCAAACCGGAGAUGAGCAAGAGGAACAAGAAGAAAGCUUCCUCGUGCCGUUACGGGUAUUCAUGUCGAAUGCUCGGUUGUUUUUAGCGGAGCUGUUCAGUGGAAUGUAUCCUGGUCUCAAAAAGAAGCAGACAGUAAGCUUCAACUUCAAUCACCAAGAAAUGAAUCAUUCUUCUGCUUACAGCACAGCUCCAUGGCCAAUUCAAGAGAGCUUUGUGAUACACAACAAAGACGAACCACCACCUCCCAUCGAGACCAGAAACCUCACUCCCAAAAAGACUUACCCUUUCAUGGCCAAAGACGCAGAGAGUAUUCAACAGCUUCGCAGGAGCCGUUCCUUGUUCAGAAGCUUGGACUCUGAAUUCCAACAGGAGCAGCAGCAUCACCGUAGGCAUCACUCAACUACCCCACACACUCAUUAUGAGAAGAUCAGUGGGAAGACUAACGAGAUUGUGUUUGGACCGGUCCAGGAGCAAGACAAGAGGCGUGUGGUAGCAGCAGGUACUGCUAAGCCUAUGGAGUGUGAAGAUCAGAUGAAUAGUCACCAGAAUCUUUAUUACAGAGCAGACCAAUCUGUGAGUUACGGUAACUAUUCCUAUACAUAAGAAGUGCAGUGUAGCUUUGGGUACAGGUGGGUUUUGAGAUUUAUUUAACAUUUUGGGGAUGUGGGUAUUUAGAUUUUGUAAGAAAAAGUAGCAGACAUUAGUUAUUAUUCCGUGAUAUAAAAGAAAACGAUGAGCACUUCCAUAAA